AUGAGUGAGGAAAAUGCAGCAGCUUUGCGUUAUGGAGAGUGUGAGGGUUUUUGCUUUCUAGUUUCUAGGGAUUUUCAAGUUGUGAGUGUAAGAAGUGUGUAUGGUGCUCAUACUAGAGUGGAGAAACUUACUGUAUGGGAGGAAUUGAGUUUUAUAGCUGGAUUAUGUCAAGUUCCGAUAUGUUACAUGGGAGACUUUAAUGAGGUUAUACAGAUUGAAGAGAGGAAAGAUCAGGACAGGUUAACAGCAUCAGCAGAAGAUUUUAAAGAUUGGAUCCAAGAUAUGCAGCUAGUGGACUUGCCGUUGAAUAAUCGUAAAUUUACAUGGUUUAGAGGCCGCUCUUGCAGUUGUAUUGAUAGAGUCCUAUUAAGUGUAGAAUGGAUUGAGGAGUUCUCUAAGAUUCGAUUAAAAGGUGGACCAAGAGGUUUGUCAGAUCACUGCCCAAUUAUAGUUGAGGACUCCAAAUUUAGAGGUGGACCACGACCUUUUCAAAGCUUAGACUCUUGGUUUACAUAUGAGGGUUUUUUAAGAAUGGUUAGGGAAGAAUGGAGGAAUCUUGGCGAACUGCAGAUCACAGAGAAACUGAAGGCCCUAACGUUGCCUUUAGGGAGAUGGCAUAAGGACAAAUUUAGUGAUGUGGACAAAAAAAUCCAGCACAUUGAGGAGAAAAUCAAGAAGAUAGAUAAUAUGGCUGGCAAUGGCAUUUAUGAUGGUACAGUGGAGGCUAGAAAGAAGGCUCUGAGAUCGCCGGUUGUAGGGUUUAGGGACGGUUUGGUAAAUCGAAUUGAUGAAGAGGAGUCUGUAGCAUUGGAGAGAAUGCCAACAACGGAAGAGGUUAGAGAGGCUGUUUGGGAUUGUGAGUCUUCUAUGGCGCCAGAAAGUGAUGAGUUCACGUCAGUUGUGUUGAAAUUUUUUCGAUCAUUAAGGUUGCCUUCGGAUUCGAAUAUUACGUGGGUGGCCCUAGCACCUAAGUUUACUGGAGCCAAGGAGAUUAAAGACCUCCGGUCGAUUAGCAUAGUAGGUUGCGUAUAUAAAGUAAUCUCUAAAGUGAUGGUCCAAAGGAUGAUAUCAGUGAUGCCAUGUCUAGUAGGGGAGACACAGAGCGCAUUUGUGAAGGUUCGGAAAAUACAUGAUGGGGCACUUAUUGCAUGCGAAACAGUGCAAUGGUUGAAGAUGAGGAAGAUGGAAGCGGCGAUCAUUAAAUUAGACUUUCAGAAGGCGUAUGAUCGGGUAAAUGGAGCUUCGUGGAUAUUGUGUUACAGAAGAUGGGAUUUGGUUGGACGUGGAGAAGUUAGGUGA